GUUAGACUUAGGCAUUGAUAAGAGAGAAAGUCAUACAGGUUUGAAAUUACAUGAGGGUGAGAACUUUGUUUUCAGAGUUGAUGGGCCCCUGGUAGUCAAGGGCCCCUGGGCACUGGCCCCAUUAGCCCGGUCCAUAAUUCAACUAUGCUGGUGUAUCUGUCUAUCGCUGACCUGCUGUCUGCCCUCUCGUACUCAUACGGAGUUUGGAGGGAUUUCCAUUCUGAUUCUGUGGACUGCAUUACACAAGGCGCAAUUUCCACAUUCACGAAUACCAGCUCGUUCUUCUGGACUGUGGCUGUUGCCGUUUACAUUUUUAUUGUGAAGUCCAGACAGAGGCAGGCUGAUUACUUGGUUCUGUAUUCUCAUUUUAUCAGCUGGGAUGUUCCCUUAGCCAUCAAUGUGGCAGCCCUCUCCCAGCAGAAGAUCGACUAUGAUGCCUCCGAUGUGUCCGUAGGCUGGUGCUGGGUGAACAUUCAGGCUGAAGACCAUGUGCUGUGGAUGCUGCACACUAGAAAAAUCUGGGAGUUCAUUGCCUUUGUCACACUGCCAGUCCUGUACAACCUUAUUAAGAUACAUAUUUGUAAAGCAGUAAGUCCACUGCAGAUCAUCAAAAGCAGCUUAAAGGGAUAGUUCACCCAAAAAUGAAAAUUCUGUCAUCAUUUACUCACCCUUGUGUUGUUUCAAACCUGAAUGCAUUCUUUCUUCCAUGGAACACAAAGGGAGAUAUUUAGGUAGGAUACUUAGGAGACAUUUAGGUACUUAUUCAGUCCCCAUUCACUAACUAUACUUUAUACAGAAUAUACAGUAAUGUGCGAAAGUCUUAGGCGCAUUAUAUUUUUCACAAAAACAUAUAAAACGGUAAUUUUAAAAACUCUGCUUUUAGCGUAUCAGUAGGAAAUAUCAAUUUUAGAUUUCAGCAUUCCCAUUGCAAAUAUAUUUGAAUUGAAGAAGAACAAGGAGCACUACAACAGAUGGUAUGGCCUCCACAGAGCCCGGAUCUCAACAUCACUGAGUCAGUCUGGGAUUACAUGAAGAGAGAAGAAAUUGAAACCGCCUAAAUAGAUAGAAGAACUGUGACAAGUUUUCCAAGAAGCUUGAAACAUCCUUUCUGACAAAAACAACAAACAGCUGUGUCCAGAUGCUUAGUAGAAUUGGUGCUGUUUUGAAGGCAAAGUUGGUCACACCAAAUAUUGAUUUAGCUUUUUGUGUGUUUACUGCUCUUUGUAUGACAUAAAUUGAUAAAUGAAAACUAUUUAUGGCAUUAUUUUGAAGACAUCCUCACUAUGCAACAUUUUUCACAAGUGCAUGUAUCAAUAUAUGCAGAGAAAGGCCCCAAAAUAAAAUUAAAAAAUAAUUAAAUAUAUAACCAUAGUAUCACCAUGGUAUUUUGUAGUAAAAUCAUAGUAACCACAAAACUAAACACCAUAUUACUGUAGUAACACCAUGGUUAAUAGCAUUAAAACUAUGGCAUCCACCAAAAAAAUGGUUACUACAAUAUUACUAUAGUAAAACCAUGGUUAAUUUUUUCCAGAUCAAACCUUUCUCUCAACCCUUCACUGUGACCAAAUCACUGCGAGGAAAUCAACCUUUCUAUUUGUUUUUAUUUAUUAUUAUAAGUAGUAUUAAAGGAAAUAUUAAUUGUGGAGACAGGAAACAGGAUGAGGAAAAGUGGGACAAAAGGUGUACUCGAACUAAGGACGUCCACUCGAGAAAAUCCACACCGUCGUUACACAACACGCCACUGCAGCAACAUUAGGAGGUACAGACUAUUGGAGUGCAAAUAGCUGCACUGUGUGGCAGGUGCUGUGUAUACCUAGAGCAAGUAGUCACUCUGAUUAAAUAAUUAUAAAUAUAAUAAUAAUUAAAUAAUAAUAAUUAUAUUUAUUUAUUUACACACAAUUGCACGUAUACAGUGAAAUUAUUAUUUUUUUUUUUCACAUAUCCCAGGCUAAGCUGGGGUCAGAGUGCAGGGUCAGCCAUGUUAUGGCACCCCUGGAGCAGAUAGGGUCAAGGGCCUUGCUCAAGGGCCCAACAGUGGCAUCUUGGCAAUGCUGGAGCUCAAACCCCUGACCUUCUGAUCAGUAACCCAGAGCCUUAACCACUGAGCCACCAGUAAAGCAUUUAUUUGGCAAUACAAAAAGUUGCUUUUGAAUGCAAUAUAUAUUUUUAUUUCCAUGUAAUUGAACAAGCCUAUCAUUAGCCUACAGUCCACAGUAAUUAAUUUUCUAAAAUUCUAAGGACAAGUGUAUGUGCAUGCAUCAGACGGACGAUUUGGAGCAACUCACUUUGAAUGUGUCACCUGAUAAACUGUGUUUUUGGGACAUUGUGUCAAGUUAAAUGUAGUUUUAAAAUUAGAAAAACACAUCUCAAAACCCCUGCAUUUGGAGUUGCGCUCCGUCCAGCUGUAUUUGAAAGCAAGAACGCAUACUUGUCUUGUGCUGUUUGCUGUGGUUUGUUGCCUGUCCAGCUGCUCAAUGCCUGUACAGCUGGAGCUGAUCUUACUGCCCCCUGCUGACUGAGAGUCAUAAAAACAUGAAAGCAGUACUUCAAGCUUGAAUUCCUCCUGUGGUAGGAACAUUCCUUAUUAUGGUCUGGGGGAAUCAUUAAUUGCAUUAUUGUUUUUUUAAUGCUUUAUUUUUUAUAUAGUUAA